AUGCCGCUUGCUCAGUCCAAGAACCGCGUCGGACUUGGCCAUGCCAUUAUCAAUCGGCGCGCCAAAGAGUCGCGGAAUCCCAAGUACUCGGACUAUCAUACGACAGAUAUGCAUAUUGGCCAGGCUAAAUGGACGAAGCUGCAGUCCGUAACGCACGAAGGGGCGUUGGAAGAGUUUCUGAACACGGCUGCCAUGGCGGACGCCGAUUUUACUGCUGAGCGACGUACUGACAAAAUCAUCGAUACGCACUCACGGACACGCCAUAAUCCUUACCUGCUAACGCCGCAGCAGGAGCAAGAAGUGCUGCAAAACCAGCACGCCAACAAGGACCGCCUGCGUGUGCCACGCCGUCCUGAAUGGGACGCACAUACAACGCCGGCGCAACUUGAGCGCAUGGAAAAAGACGCCUUUUUGAAUUGGCGCCGAGGUCUUGCUGAGCUGCAGGACGGUAUUGGCUUUGUAUUGACGCCAUUUGAGCGGAACUUGGAGGUGUGGCGUCAGCUGUGGCGUGUGAUUGAGCGCAGCCAGUUGAUCGUGCAGAUUGUCGACGCACGCAAUCCGCUGCGUUUUCGAUGCGAGGAUUUGGAAAAGUAUGUGCACAGCAUGCCGGCGAAUCCAGGCGACAUGGCGUCGAUCCCGUCAGAAGAAAGAGCCACGUACCGUGGUCCACGUCGCACGCUUCUUCUCAUAAACAAGGCCGAUUUAUUGGAUACUGAACAGCGGCGCCAGUGGGCUGAGUAUUUCCAAAAGCAAGGCGUGAUGUUCGCAUUCUUUAGUGCACACGAUGAAGUUGCACGCCAACUGGCCAAGCUACAGCGCGAGGCACAAUUCGAGCACAGCGCUGUUGAGGAAGUGACAGGCGCCGUGCAGGAUACGCUCGCACUUGAUCAUGACCCCUCGCGAAUUCUUGGCGUGCUGGAAUUGGAACGUCUCUUUUUGCAGUGUGCGCCAGACUUGGCUUUGUUCCGCCGGCAUGAGCCGAAUUUGCCCCACGACGGUAUACCAGAAAAAUUGACCGUAGGGUUUGUCGGCUAUCCUAACGUCGGUAAGUCAUCCACGAUCAAUGCCCUGUUGGGCGAGAAAAAGGUGUCGGUUAGCGCGACGCCAGGAAAAACCAAGCAUUUUCAAACAAUCCAUCUGAGUCCCACCACCAUCAUAUGUGACUGCCCUGGUCUCGUGUUUCCCCAGUUUUCCACGUCGCCGGCAGAUUUGGUGUGCGACGGCAUCUUGCCCAUCGACCAGAUGCGAGAGUAUACAGCACCUGCUGAGCUUGUUGCACAGCGCAUCCCGGAGGAUAUCUUAAGUCGCUUCUACAAUAUGGACAUUCCGACGCUCAGUGCGGAAGAGGGCGGCCAGGGCCGUCCAACGGGUAUGGAAUUGCUCACGGCUUAUGCCAUGGCCCGUGGCCUUGCGCGGCAGGGUCAAGGAAAUCCGGACGAGUCGCGGGCAGCGCGCUACGUGCUCAAAGACUAUGUGAAUGCACGUCUUUUGUACGCGCACCCGCCGCCCGGCAUUGAUCCAGCCGCGUUCAAUGCGGCUCAACAGAACAGGCUGCGUGAAGAACUUCCAGAAAGGCGCCCAGAAGCGGCGCCGCUCGUCACGCCACACAUGCAUGGCGGACGUAUGGCCGAGUCGUCGUCCAAGACGGCGUCGUUGGAUCAAGCGUUUUUUGGUCCGUCGUCAGCUUCGGGCGCACACGUCAAGGGCCGCCGCCGCAUGCCGCCCGUGGGACGUCUGGGCCUCGAAUCUGAGGCUCCAGCUGGCCUCGGAUCAAAAAAGCAUCACAAGGGCCACAGGCGACGCAAGCAGCGAUCAGCUCAGACGUAA